AUGACUUCACUGGAGCUGUACAGCAAGGGAGCCAGCGUAUGGGUUCCUGACCCAGAUGAAGUCUGGGUGUCAGCCCUGCUCCUCCAGGACUACAGUCCUGGAGAGAAACAUCUACGGCUGCAUCUCUCUAAUGGAAAGGAGGUCCAUUACCCCGUGGGGUCCCCCCCUGAUCUCCCACCACUGGGGAACCCCGACAUCCUGGAGGGAGAAAAUGAUCUAACAGCUCUCAGCUUCCUCCACGAGCCCGCUGUCUUGCACAACCUGCGGGUUCGAUUCCUGGACUACAGUAACAUCUACACGUACUGUGGUAUUGUGUUAGUGGCCAUCAAUCCUUACGACCAGCUCCCCAUAUAUGGCGAAGAGGUGAUCGACGCUUACAGCGGUCAGGACAUGGCCGACAUGGAACCUCACAUCUUCUCUGUGGCCGAGGAAGCCUACCGCACCAUGACCAGGGAGGAGAAAAACCAGUCUAUCAUCAUCAGCGGAGAGUCUGGCUCGGGGAAGACGGUCUCAGCCAAGUUCACCAUGCGAUACUUUGCCGUGGUUGGAGGAGCAGCACAGCAGACCAGCGUGGAGGAGAGAGUUCUGGCCUCCAACCCAAUAAUGGAGUCCAUUGGGAAUGCUAAAACCACUCGAAAUGACAACAGCAGUCGUUUUGGGAAGUACAUCGAGAUCGGCUUCGGCAAACAAGGGGACAUCAUUGCGGCCAACAUGAGGACAUAUCUCCUGGAGAAGUCAAGGGUCGUCUUCCAAGCAGCAGCAGAGAGGAACUAUCACAUCUUCUACCAGCUGUGUGCCUCCAGAGAGCUGCCUGAAAUGAGGUCCUUCAAGCUGGAUGCACCUGAACGUUUCCGCUACACCAGCCAGGGAGGAGAGAUGCAGAUUCCUGGUACUGAUGAUUUGUCGGACCUGGAGCGCACUCGCAAUGCUUUCACCAUCCUGGGUGUGCAGCCUGACCAACAGAUGGAGCUCUUCAGGAUCCUGGCGGCUGUUCUGCAUCUGGGAAAUGUCAACAUCCAAGCCAGUGGGAGAAGUUCUGACCGGGGUUACAUUGAUGCAGACGACCGCUCUCUGGCUGUCUUCUCCAAGCUUUUGGGAGUGGAUGGACCUCAGACGGCCCACUGGCUGUGCCACCGCAGAUUGGCUGUAGGUGGUGAGAUGCUGGUCAAGCCCAUGUCCGCUCAGCAGGCUGUGGACGCCAGAGACGCACUGGCCAAACACAUCUAUGGCCAGCUGUUCACAUGGACGGUCCAGAGGCUCAACUCUGCUCUGCGCAACCAGAGGGGACAGACCAAAUCCUUUAUAGGGGUGCUUGACAUCUAUGGGUUUGAGACCUUUGACCGGAACAGUUUUGAGCAGUUCUGUAUAAACUAUGCGAAUGAAAAACUGCAACAACAGUUCAACAGGCAUGUGUUCCACUUGGAGCAGGAGGAGUACGUCCGGGAAGAGCUGGCCUGGAGCAGGAUUGAGUUCAGUGACAAUCAGCAGUGCAUCAGUCUCAUAGAGGGACAACUGGGCCUGUUGGAUCUUUUAGAUGAGGAGUGCAGAAUGCCCAAAGGUUCAGACGAGAGCUGGGUGCGGAAGCUGUACGACCAGCACCUGACCAGCAAGCCCCACCCUCACUUCCGGAAACCUCGCAUGUCCAACAGCGCCUUCAUCGUCCUGCACUUUGCUGACAUGGUGCAGUAUGAAUGCGAUGGCUUUUUGGACAAGAAUCGAGAUACAGUCUUCGAGGAGCUCAUUAACAUUCUCAAAGCCAGUCAGGUCAGACACCUGGUGGCUGAGUUGUUCCAGCAGCAGGGAAACGUGUCCUCUGUGGCUAAUGGAAGUGUUCGCUCAGGAAAAAGAGCCACCAGAGAGCACAGACUGACAGUGGGCUUCCAGUUCCGUCAGUCCUUACAGAUGCUCAUGGACACCCUCAACAGCACCACUCCUCACUACGUGCGCUGUAUUAAACCCAACGAUCUCAAAGAACCCUUUUUGUUUGACCCCAGCAGGACAGUCCAGCAGCUGAGAGCCUGCGGGGUGCUGGAGACAAUUCGCAUCAGUGCUGCAGGUUAUCCAUCCAGAUGGACGUACGAGGAGUUCUUCAGCAGGUACCGCCUCCUGCUUCGAGGUCCUCAGAGCCAGGACCAGGCCCAGGCCUCGUGCAGACAGGCCCUGCCUCAGCUCAUCCCAGACCCAGACCAGUACUGCUUUGGAAAGACCAAAGUGUUUUUCCGGGCCGGUCAGGUGGCUGUUCUGGAGAGGCUGAGAGCCGAGAGGCUGCGUGUUGCUGCUGUGAUCAUCCAGACCCAAGUCAGAGGAUGGCUGUCGCGGAUUAGAUACACCAGGAUCUGCUGGGCAACCAUCACUAUACAGAGAUACUGCAGAGGAGCUCUGGCCAGACGGCUGGCUCUGACCCUGCGCCACUCCAAGGCAGCAUUAGUGAUCCAGAAGACCUUCCGCAUGAUGGUGUUCAGACAGUUAUUCCUCAUGAUCCGACAGGCCACCAUCACCAUCCAGGCGUUCACCAGGGGCACACUGGAGCGCCGCAGAUACAGACUGCUGGUGGCGGAGCGGGCCGCGGUGUUGCUUCAGGCCAGAGUGCGGGGGUGGUUGGCGAGGCAGGCGUACAGGCGAGUACGAACGGCGGUGGUGUUCAUGCAGUGCUGCGUGCGCCGCAGGGCUGCCAGGAGGGAGCUGCUGAAACUGAAGAGCGAGGCCCGCUCAGUGGAGAGGUACAGAGAGCUCAACAAGGGCAUGGAAGUCAAACUGAUGCAGCUGCAGCUCAGAGCAGACCAGGAGGCCAGGGAGGGCGUAGCUUUGAGAGAGACCCUGCAAGCCGAGCGAGAGGCCGCCAGGGCGGAGCUGGAGGCUCUGAGGACGACGAUACGGAAGCUGGAGAGCCUGAAACACGAGAAGCCUCAGCCCUGCUCCGUCAUCAGCGAGAAGGAGGUGGAGGAAAGGAGGAGAGCUGAGGAGAAGGCAGCCCAGGAGAUCCUUCAACUCACACAAGAGCUGCAAGCCCUGCAGAGAGAUAAGGACAGUUUUUCCAAAGAGAGGGAAGAUCUGUCUGCCCGCUUGCACGAACAAGAAAAAGCCCAAGAAGAGUGUGUGCAGAGGGCCGUGUCUCAGGCGAGUGCAGCUCUGAGGGCAGAGCUGGACGAGGAGAGAAGAAAGUAUCAGGGUCUCUUGAGAGAGUUCACCAGACUGGAGCAGAGAUACGACAACCUCAGGGAGAUGAGUCUGCUCACUGAGCGCACCAAGGGCCACAGGAGGACAGACUCCAUCCAGAGUCUGAGCUUUGAGCCUCUCUCCCCAACUCUGCUGUCACCCCAGUCCCUCACCCCGCUCUCCCUGUCACCCAUCCCAUCUGCCUUCCCCUCCCCAGAGGAGGUCCGCAGGGUCAGCGUGACAUCUCCCUCCUUUGAGAGGAGAGCGUCUGUGUGGAGCUGCGAAACGCCACUGGACCAGCUGAUGGAGGUGAUGGAUGUGGCCAAAGACCCGGCAGUGAAGAUGAAAGGAGAGGACCUGGCGCAUGCUUACGACGCCGUGCGAGUGGCCAACAAGUUUCUGGAGAGCCAGCUGCGUGGCCAGCACAGUCGGGGGGAGGAGGAGCUGGAGGCUCUGAGGCGGCAGCUCAGCCAAGCCGUCUCUGUUAUCCCAUCAGCUUUUGCCCCAGAGACGGCUUCCUGUCCGCCCCGACCGAAGCCAGCAGCAGUCACUGGUUUACUGGAAUGCAGGAAGAGAGACGCAAGCAAGCUCAUCAAGAACCUCAUCACAGACAUCCGUGUCGACGGCGCCCUGUCUCUGCCUCCUGGCCUGCCCGCCAGCGUGCUCUUCCUGUGUGUUCGUCAGACCGACUGCAGCGGAGACCAAACUCACGCCCGCUCGCUCUGUGGCGCCGCUGUCACGGCCAUGAAGGCCGCUCUGAAGAAACACAGUAACGAUGUAGAUAUGACAGCUCUGUGGCUGAAGAACGCCUGUUUGUUGCACGACCUGCUGACCCAGCACUCCCCAAAACGGACCCUUGACUCAGAUGACGUGGUUCCACUGACUUCUGAUAUGAGCGACUUGAUCCGUGCCCUGAGUGACCUCUGCAUCCAGGCCUACCAGCAGCUCAUCUCCAUCACCGAAAAACGUCUACAAAACAUGAUAGUCCCCGCGAUGCUGGAGAGUGAGACCAUCCCAGGUCUGACCGGCUCUGCUGUGAAGCUGGGAACGUCCAGAAAGCGAGCGGGCUCGGACCCCAGGGGCGUAGGAGGCGAUGCUCCCACCAUGGCGUCGGUGCUGAGGGAGCUGGGAGGCCUCCACGCGGCUCUGUCUCGUCAGGCACUGCCCCCGACGCACAUGGGGCAGGCCUUCCACCAGCUCACCUACCUCAUCUCGGCCUCCGCUCUCAACAACCUGCUGCUAAGGAAAGACAUGUGCUGCUGGAGUCGUGGCAUGCAAAUACGCUAUAAUGUGAGUCUGCUGGAGGAGUGGCUGCGGAGCCGAGGUCUUCAGGCAGGGGGCGCUGUGGCCACACUGGAGCCCCUCAUUCAGGCAGUUCAGCUGCUGCAGGUGGGGAAAAAGACCGAGGCGGACGCACAGGCCCUUGUUCAGACCUGCACUGCCCUGUCCAGCCAGCAGAUUGUGAAGAUUCUGACCCUCUACACCCCCCAGAGUGACGCUGAUGAAAGAGUCACACUGAAUUUCAUCCGUAGCGUCCAGGGGCGUCUCAAAGGCCGUUCUGACGGCCAGCCUCCACAGCUCCUGAUGGAUGUGAGGCGAGUGUUUCCUGUCACAUUUCCCUACAUGCCUCCCCCCGUCCUCCACGCAGAGCAGUUAGUCAUUCCGGAUUCCCUCAAGAUCUCCUUUCUACGCCGAGUCUAACAAACAGGUCCUCUUUUGAGCAAAUUUAAGAACCUUUCGGCUAAUUUAACUGCCAACGUAUUGCAUUUAGUCCUUUGAAAUUUGAAUAAGUUCAAAGAGGUGUGAGAUUAAUUCCUGUCUCUGAUUUUGGUAGCUCUAACUUCCCUAAUUAAUCAGCUAAUUAUCAGUCUUGUAUGCUAUUGAAGGUCAGAGGUCAUGUGAAAAAUGUGCAUCUCAGCUAACUGCUGAGGUUAAAAUACAAUGAAUGCUAAUAG